UUAUAGUAUCCUUGUUUGGUUCAAGGUUGUAAGCUGUAUAAACAUUAACGCUACCACCUAGCACCUACCAGUAAUUGAAAUCAGUGUUUCCCUUCCUCAAUUGCCUCAUUACCAACUACCAAUUACAAUAGCAAAAUGGAUAUUGGAACAGAGAUUAGUAAAAAGAUUCAAUUGGCUAUCAAAGCAAAGUUGACAGAGUUGGAUGCAUAUGUUGAUGAUGAACUGCCAGACUACAUAAUGAUUAUGAUUGCCAAUCGGAAGCCGCGAGAACAAAUGUCAGAAGCUUUGUCACUCUUUCUUUCCGAUGACACUAAAACUUUUACGAAAUGGCUGUACGACCUGCUAGAAUCGCUGCAAGGAAAAGAGGAAAAACAAGAAGCAAAACAAAAGACAAAAGUAGAGGGAAAUCAAAGUUCAACAGACAAAGUUAAAAAUGCGCAAGUUGAAAAAAAAUGUGAUAAAAAUGAUUGGAAAAGUGACACAGUAUCUGAAAAGCCGAAAAGCGCCACGGUUAAGUCCAAACUGGAAAAGUCAAGAAAAAGCACAUCAGAAGAUGUAAUUGACAUUCUACCUGACAUGGAUGACUUCCUUGACAUGGAACUAAUGGGAAAUGAUAGCACUCAGGCAAAAGUUCAAAAGGAGGUUAAAAAUAAGAAUGAUAAAAAGUUGGAUGUGAAGGUAUCACAAAACAAUUCAGAGAAAUCACAAGUUCAAAAGAAGGAAACGGUUUCUAAGCGGGACCAAUCAUCUGAAAGAAAAAAGAUUGAGAUGCCAAAAGCUAAACAAGUUGCAACUUCUCCUAAAGGAAAAGUGAGCAAAAAAACUGUAGUUGUUAAAACAUCUGUGACAAAUUCUUCAAAACAUAGGAAGCAAGUGGCAGCUGAAAAGUCUAGCUAUGGUGGUUCCAAAGAUACGUCCAGAGCUGUUCGUGACUGGGAUCAUGGUAAACAUGACCGACAUGAUCAACGGGAUCAAGAAGCAUUUUCCUCAAAAGUUGAAGACAAAUUUUCAAAACGUAAAUUAAACCGGAAAUUUAAAUACACAGCUCCAGUUGACUCCGAGUCUGAGGAUGAAGCGAUCUCUUCACGUGCUACUAGCUCAGUGGUAUCUAUUGUUUCUGCUGUAAAAGGUGCUCCAGAGUAUGUCAGCGAGGACGAGAGUGAGGAGGAGGACAAGUCAAGAGGCAGCACGGUCAUCAGUGCUGUUGCCGUGCCUGCCAAGCGACCUCGUCUACCUUCAAACAAGCAAGCAAACAAAUUUCUUUUGCUUAAAGCUGUCUCUGAGGCUGAAAAUAGUAUUCGACAAAGCAGAAUGCAACGGGGAAUGAAAUCCAAAAAUAACUCGGUUACGAAAACUGAAAAACAAUUGGUAACACUUGCAAGAAACAAUAUUGCAUCACGCAUCGGAAGUAGGGUGAAAGAACAACCAAAUGAUGAAAGGCCAUCAGUUUCGAGGAAUGCACAUCGUAAAAGCAGCAAUUUCACAGAUACUACAGAACGGCCAAAAAAAAGAAAAAGCAGUGGGAAUGACACUGCAGCUAAAAGUGCUGCCCACCAAAAAGUGGCCAAACAAACUGAAAUUAUAAAAACUGAUCAAAAUAGCCCAGAAAUCCAGCAACAUACUGGUGACAGUAGACUGAUAGUUAAAAGGGAGAAGGUAAAAGAAUCAGAACCAAAGAAAAGUCCAAUGUUGGUUCCUAAAUCAUCAAAUGAAACUGGAUCAGUUCAGUUCGAUUCUCGAAUGUUAAGCCUAAAAAAUGGGAGCACUUCACCCAAAUCUGGUACAAGCAAAAUCAUCAAGAGCAGAAGGUCCAAGCGCUCUCCUAGUCCGAGAUUCAUUGUAACACUGGAUGGCACAGGAAAUACGAAAGACAGCCAACAGAACAAAGAAGCCACCGUGUCGCUUCCAAAGAAAAAACCUUUCAAGAAAGUCCCAGUGCAGGCUCCAGACUCAACCAGUUGUGAAACGGAUGCAAAUACCUCUGUCACAUCUUCCUCCAACGUUGUACUCCCUGUUCAAAAGCCUCUUGUUAUCUCAAUGUCAUCAAGCCAUGAUCAAGAGCCUGAUAACGUGGAGUCCUCUGACCAGGAGCUGAUGAACAUGAGAGAAAAACUCCUUAAAAUGCAAGAGGAAGCUAAGAAGCUAAAAAUUCUUCAAACUGAACAGCUUGCUUUGUUAGAGAGAACUGUCUCUCUUAAAACUGCUGAGAAUAAACCUUCAGCAACUGCUGAAAACAGUGAUGAAAAAUCAAUCCACAUCGCAAACGUUCAUUUCUCUUCCACUGAAAAACAGCUCUCUGAACAUUUUAGCAUUUGCGGAAAAGUUGUACGUGCAACUAUUUUGAAAGAUGCAUUUACUGGACAUCCUAAAGGGUUUGCAUACCUACAGUUCGAAGAGGCCAGUUCAGUUGACAUGGCCCUUGCCUUUGACGGCACAACAUUUUGCUCUCGGGCUAUAAAAGUGACGAAAAAGUCAAACGAAGCUAUAGCUAAAACUGCACCAGCUGCCCGUCCCCGAUACAGGGUCUCUUAUCAAUAUUCUGCACCAAGAUUUCCGAGCCGACUUUACACCACACGUUACAACACUACAUCAUACAGGUCAAGAGGCAGAGCAAUGGUUACACGAAACAAGAAAUGGGUAAAACCCGGACUCCUACCAGCUUAAAUAGACCUGGAUGGGAUUUGAUUUAAUGUUGACAUUGCGGAAGCUAUUUUAAAUAUUUUUGAAAAAUGCGGAAUGCGGUUUUCAGAUAUUUUCCUUGUUGUUGUUUUGGAUUUAAAGAAGAAUAGAGAACAUUGUAUUUGGUGCAAUUUUAUGUUAUGUAAAAAAGCCGAUCUUUAAACCUGUGAUUAUAUAUUUAAACACUGCUAUUCAUUUUUUUGCUUGACACUUCAGUUGCUGAAAACUCAAAUACCCAACACAUUCGUAUUCAUACCAUGUGUAUUCCUAUGCCCAAAUUCAAUAAGGUAUCCACUCAUUAUAACAACUGUAAGGAUACGUAUAUAUACCCUGUUUACUUUGCCCAAGCAAAAUAUUUUAGACAUAUAUUUAUUGUAUCUGCUUUUACAUUAAAUCAAAUUUCCCUAAUUGUUAAACUUGGCCAUUGAGGUAGUACCAGCUGCUUUCUGCAUUAUUCAUUCUUUUAAAACUUCUUUACAGUAGGUGUAUUGGUAUAUAACGUGUUAUUUCUUUAGA